AUGGAAGGCUCCAACGGAUUUGGGAUCGACUCCAUCCUGUCCCACCGAGCGGGGAGCCCGGCGGUGCCCAAAGGAGACCCUCUGAUGGGGGAGUGCAGGUCCCCCCUGGAACUAAGCCCCGGCUCCGAAGUCAGCAGCGGGUGCCCGUCUCCCCACUCGCCGGGGAAGGAAUGCCUGGAGACGGUGGCCCCUAGGCAAGGGGUGGCCGUGGGCUUGGAAUCUCACCUCCAGCCGGGGCAGGGCUCGGCUCCUUCCCAAUCCAGAACAGUGACCUCGUCUUUCCUAAUCAGGGACAUCCUAGCCGAUUGCAAGCCCCUGGCAGCCUGCGCGCCUUACUCUAGCACCAAUGCACAGAGCGGCCCGGAGCCGGCGGGGCGAAUCCCCGCCAAACCCGGGGAGGACUUUCGAGAGAAAAUGGACAAAAGUAGCAGCAACGCCUCGUCGGACUCGGAGUACAAAGUGAAAGAAGAAGGGGACCGAGAAAUCUCCAGCUCCAGGGACAGCCCCCCGGUGAGGCUGAAAAAGCCCCGCAAAGCUCGCACCGCCUUCACCGAUCACCAGCUCGCGCAGCUGGAGCGGAGCUUUGAGAGGCAGAAAUACCUGAGCGUGCAGGACAGGAUGGAGCUGGCGGCCUCCCUCAACCUCACUGACACCCAAGUGAAAACGUGGUACCAGAACAGAAGGACCAAGUGGAAGAGGCAGACAGCGGUGGGACUGGAGCUACUGGCAGAAGCUGGGAAUUAUUCGGCCCUCCAGCGAAUGUUCCCAUCUCCCUAUUUCUACCCGCAGAGCCUGGUCUCCAACCUGGAUCCGGGAGCGGCCCUCUAUCUGUACCGGGGCCCCAGCGCCCCUCCCCCGGCUUUGCAGAGACCUUUGGUACCCAGGAUCCUCAUUCACGGACUGCAGGGGGGUAGCGAGCCGCCCCCACCUUUGCCCCCCCUGGCAGGCGUCCUUCCGCGAGCGGCUCAACCGCGGUGA